CCAACCGCACACCAUCCAAACAGAGGAUACGACGCCGUUGCAAUUUGGUGCUUAUAGGCGUUAUUUUCCCUCUAUAAUCGGCCGGCCGCAAAGAGAGAGACCGAACCGAGUCAGUGACUCACUGAGUCUCCGUCGAUGGCUACACUCUCAGCUGCUCAGCUGCUCCAUCUUCCACUCCCGCUUCAAACUAAAAAGCCUCGCCAUGCCCAUUUCCACUUUGAAUCCCUAAACCCUAACCCCAGGCUCUUCUCCUCCAACGACGUCGUAUCCAAUUGUCGGCCAUUACAGGCCAUUAUCAACACUCCCCUUAUUGCCACCGACGCCAACUCCGAACAAGAACCCCUCACACUCCGCCGCAUUUGCCAACCCCACGUGCCCGACCACGUGCUCAAAAGAAUGGAGGACUUGGGGUUCGUCGUUCCGACGCCCGUACAGCGGCAGGCUCUGCCGACUCUGUUUUCCGGCCGCGACUGCAUACUUCACGCGCAGACAGGUUCUGGGAAGACGCUGACGUACCUGCUUUUGAUAUUUUCUGCUGUGAACACUCGGAGAUCGGCUGUUCAAGCUCUCGUUGUGGUUCCCACUAGGGAACUUGGGAUGCAAGUUACGAAGGUUGCUAGGAUGUUGGCCGCGAAGCCUAAGGAAGGCGAAGUGGAGCAGAAAUCGUGUACUGUUAUGGCUCUUUUAGAUGGGGGAAUGUUGACCAGGCACAAGAGUUGGUUAAAGGCGGAGCCCCCUACUAUUGUGGUGGCAACGAUUGGGAGUUUGUGCCAAAUGCUUGAGAAGCAGAUGAUUAAGCUUGAAUCGAUGCGAGUGCUUGUAAUUGAUGAGGUUGACUUCAUGUUCAGUUCCAAACAAGUCGCUUCUCUUCGGAAGCUGUUGACAUCCUACACUUCAAUCAAUACCCGACAGACUGUUUUUGCCAGUGCUUCCAUCCCUCAGCACAGACGAUUUUUACAUGACUGUAUACAGCAGAAAUGGACCAAGAGUGAUGCAAUUCAUGUCCAUGUCAAUCCAGUUCAGCCUAUGCCAUCAUGUUUACAGCAUAGAUUUGUGAUAUGCCGUAAAAACAGAAGGAAUGGGACCUUGCUGUCCUUAUUACAGUCAGACGCGCCACAGUCUGCUAUUAUUUUUGUCGGCGAGCAGUCUGAGAAGUCAAAGAAGGCUGGAAAUGCUCCAUCAACAACAGUAUUAAUUGAUUUCCUGAAGGCUUCAUACGAGGGAUAUUCAGACAUCCUCCUUUUGGAAGAAGACAUGAAUUUCAAUUCACGAGCAGCUUCUCUAUCGGAAGUCAGACAAGGAGGAAGCUAUCUUCUUGUGUCAACAGAUAUAGCAGCCAGAGGGGUUGACCUGCCAGACACUACUCAUAUAUACAACUUUGAUCUGCCAAGAACUGCUGUUGAUUAUCUUCAUCGAGCUGGAAGAACAGGUAGGAAACCGUUUUCAGACAAGAAAUGCUCCGUUACCAACAUUAUAAUGUCAGAGGAGCGGUUUGUUUUACAAAAAUAUGAAAAUGAAUUGAUGUUUAACUGUGAAGAGUUAAUUGUAUAGAACCAGUGUAAGUCUUAGUCUGUAGCUCCAAGGAGUAGAUUAUGUAUCACUUUCCUUGCGGAAGGAAAACCAAAAAGCAAUCACAAAUGCUUCAUAGCAUAACUGCAUUUGCAGAUGCUCGUUCA